GUAGUUUGACAUUUGUGCGUGCUAUUUCUAUAAUCAGCUGUGCUGCCGAUGGCACCUUAUUAAAUGCACCUUGGACAAUUGUUUGUUUACGCGCAAAAAAAUAAAAAGAUAUAGAGAAUGGCAGACUCACAAAUUGAAAAGAAAUGGAACCACAACCAAAAAAAACUGCUCCUCACAACAAGGUUGCGCAACGAACCAGAUUUCUGCGCAAAGCGUAAAAAGCGGACAGUUUUAUGGGAAAAGGUCUUGCGGGAAAUUAAAGAAGUGGAUGACACCUUUCCAUUCUCGCGGGAUGAUAUCACCAGAAAGUUUUUAAACUUCUGUGUGACAUAUAAGAGAAUUAAAAGGCACAACAACACUUCUGGAGAAGCAGCCACAACUUGGGAGUUUUUCGAGGAAAUGGACGAAGUCUAUGGUUCCCGGUCUGAUAUUGCUGUCCCUGCUUCAACUUUAGAAAGUUCUCUUUAUGACAUUCUUUCAGACACGCAGGUGGAUCCUCCAGAAAUGGUUAUGUCAACAGAACCUGCUACGAAAAAGAAAAAGUGUGAAGUAUUGGAAUUUUUAAAGCAGCAGGCCUGCAAUGACAAAGAAUCAAUACAAAAUUUGAUACCUAGAAAUAGAAGAUAAGAAGUUAGAUGUGGAAAAGCAGAAGUUGGAAGAAAUGCGCAGUUUGCGUAUUCUCUUAAGUGAAGUUAUUAUCAAAAAAUAAUAUAAAAAUGUGAUUUAAAAAGAGACUUGUUUAAAGUUAAUCUUGUGCUGUUCCAAAAAUGAAUUUAAAUAAUUUACCUUUAUAAGUGCCUUUAUUGUACCUAAAAAUUAAUUUAACUGAAAUAUUUUAAGUUGUUUUUAUUAGUUAAAAAGCAAUGGAUUCUAAAGCUGAUAUUUUAUUUUAAAUAAUAAAUAAUUAAAAACCGAAA